ACAUUUUUUAUUUGUUUAAAGAAUCAUAAAAUCAUGGCAGGAGAGAAUUACAUUGGUUCAAAAAUUUCUCUUAUUAGUUUGAGUGACAUUCGUUAUGUUGGUAUUCUUCACAGCAUCAAUGCGCAAGAUUCAACAGUAGGUUUAAAGCAAGUUCGUUCUUUUGGAACAGAAGGUCGUCGAGGAAAACCCGAAGAAGAAAUUCCUUCUUCGGAUAAUGUUUUUGAUUACGUUGUUUUUCGUGGAUCCGAUAUCAAGGAUCUGCAGGUCUUUGAAGCUCCUCCCAAGCCUACUCCUCCACCUCAGCAAGCCAUCCCCCAAGACCCUGCUAUUAUGAGCAUGAGCGGUUAUCCUCCAAUGAACCCUUACAUGAAUAACGGAUACAUGCAACCCCAACAACAGCAACAUCAGUCUCAACCUCAACAGCAACAGCAACAGCAACAACAAGCACCUUCCAGUGGCAAUCAAAAGUACUGGCCUGCUUACAAUGAUCAAGAGUUGGAAAAGGCCAAACUUGAAAAAGACACGAUGGACGGAUUAAAGGCCGAGCUUGAGGAAACGGAUGCAUUACAACCUACUAUUAAUGAAGCUGCUAUUGAACAAUUAGCUAAGAAAGUCAGUGAAUUAAACGCGAGCGAUGAUAAUGUGAUUUCCAACAAACCUUUGGAUGACCAACAUCAACAGCAAUCUCGUCGUCGUUAUGACAAUAACAACAACAACAAUUAUAAUAAUAACUAUCGUGGCAGAGGUGGUCGUUAUAAUAAUGAACGCUCUUUCAACAACAAGCCCAAGGCAGAAUUCACGAUUCCUACAUCAGAAUUCGAUUUUGAGGCUUCCAAUGCCAAAUUUGACAAAAGUGAAAUUGUCAAGAAGGAGACUGAAGAAGUCGAUUUUGAAGAGGAGGAACUGGAGAUUCCUUCUCCUGAUGAGUUUUAUGACAAGACCUCUAGUUUCUUUGAUAAUAUUUCUUGUGAAUCCAAAGAACGUAACGAGCAACGUCAAUUAAAUGAGCCACGCCGUAGUCAUUUCCACGAAGAACGCAAGUUAAAUUUGGAAACUUUUGGACAAGCUACAGUGGACCAAUCAAGAUACCGUAAUAACUAUAGAGGUCGAGGCAACUACCGCGGAGGUAACCGUGGUGGUAACAACAAUCAAGGCUAUUAUCGCAACAAUAACCGUAAUAACAACUAUAAUAACAAUAAUGGUUAUAGACAAAACAAGCCCCAAGAUCAACAAGAAUCCAUCUAACAACACUAACAAAAAAUUAUCAUACUCUGUCACUUAUACAUGCUCUCCCGUACUACCUUCCCCCUCAAUCAGCAAUAACAAAAAAAAAAGAAAAAAUGAAGAAAACAAAUAUUACCCUAAUAAAACUAUUUAAAAAAUCC